AUGGGGAAGAUGGUGGCGCCGCGGGACGUCGACGCAGCGAUCGGGUAUUACGAAAAAUCGGCGCGACUGCACGAUGUCGUCGGCAGCACGAAGUACUACGCCAACACCGCGUGGCUGACGGUGGGCGAAUUGUUGGCGCAGAAGUAUGACUAUACCGCCGCGAUUAAUCAUUUCGAAUGGCUGGUCCACCGUAACGCCCCGAAAUUCAACGCGGGCGAUGAGGUCGUCCAUCUGGGGUGGAACGGCGACGUGGGGACAAUGCGGAAAGGUCACUUCCGGGCGGUGCUGUGCUAUUUGUGUCGCGACGGUCCGUCGGCCGCUGAAAGAGCCGUGGACCGGUUCGCGAACCUGUUGCCGACAAACAAAUGGAAGGACUUCGAUGGGGAGUUGGAGAUCCUGCGGCAAGCCAUGGGAUAUGCCGAGAACCGCUUCACCGCGGAGAACAUCGAGCGCACCUUGCAGCAGCCGGCUAUGCGCUCUCCCAGCGGCGGUUAUGGUCCGCGUUUCGGAGGGUACACCGGCAAGGACAGGGAUGCGACAUACGACGCCCUACUGGCUGGUCUCGUUGCCCUCAACAAGCAGCUCCAGGAUAUGCGGGGCGGUAGCACGGCCAAGAAGGAUGACGGAACGGGUAUCGACGGCAGCCGCAAAUUGACACCGUGGACCGAGAUGAUGCUGGUCCGGGCGCUGCGGAUGCUGCGUGACAUGGGGCACGAGGCCAGACGCCACGUCUGACUCAGUACAUCAGACGCGUACACCCAUUUAACUGCAACAGCGGGUGCACUGAAUCUUUCCCUUCUUUUGUUUUGGCAACGUUUAUCUGCAACCGUUAUUGACUGUGGUCGUUGCAUUAAGUUGCACCACCGCAUAGUAUUGUUGAUUUCGUAUAGUCGUACCGCUGACCCAUGCAAA